AUGUUAUAUUCCUCAAAUAAUUUACAUUAUUUCAUUGCUUCAUCUUCAUUUCUGUUGAGUUUUGCUUCCUUUGCUUUUAAUAUCCCUAGGUUGCAGCAAAGCCUCGCCCCCUCCGAUGGGCUCAGUGAUGAGCAUGUGCUGAUAGCAGCCUAUGUGAGCCAGCUACAAAGCAGCACACGUGUCCUGGACAGUCCUAGCAGACUGGAUGAAGAGCAUCGGUUAAUUGCUCGGUAUGCUGCCAGGUUAGCUGCUGAAGCUGGAAAUGUGACACGGCCACCAAUAGAUCUGGGGUUCAAUUUUGAUGCCAACAAACAGCAAAGGCAACUGAUAGCAGAACUGGAAAACAAGAACAGAGAAAUACUGCAAGAAAUUCAGCGCCUCAGACUAGAACACGAACAGGCUUCCCAGCCAACACCUGAAAAAGCCCAGCAGAAUCCAACUUUACUGGCUGAAUUAAGGCUAUUGCGGCAAAGGAAAGAUGAAUUGGAACAACGAAUGUCUGCUCUUCAGGAAAGCCGAAGGGAACUGAUGGUACAACUGGAAGGACUCAUGAAGCUGCUCAAGGCUCAGGCAGCUGGUUCUCCACAUACUUCCCCAACCCGCUCUAUGCCAAUGCCAGUCAGGUCCACAUCUGCUGGUUCUACCCCAACUCAUGUACCCCAAGAUUCACUUACUGGUGUUGGUGGAGACGUCCAGGAAGCAUUUGCACAAGGAACUCGGCGGAACCUCCGUAAUGAUUUACUGGUAGCAGCUGAUUCCAUUACCAAUACAAUGUCAUAUUUGGUGAAGGAGCUUCAUUCAGAGGAAGGAGGUGAGGAGGAGGAAGAGGAGGACAAGAUGCAGAAUGGGAAGGACCGAGGUAAAAGCAAAGCUGCCGUGACUCCUUUAAACGAGUUAAAUAAAAAAAUCUGGACCAACCAGAGGUUUAAGGCAAGUGUCCUACGAGAUUCUCUGUGUCUUGAUGCAGGUAACAAGGUGUGA